UGUAGAUUUAGAUGGGAUUGAAGACAGCACCUCUCCAAGAACAGCAGCAUCUUCCGUUACUAGAGCUGCAGGGUCGAAAGACGCUUCUUCUAGUACACGACCUAGUACUUCUGCUAGUACGAAUAGUACAAGAGCAGACAGAGGACGAGACAGAGAUUCCAGCACAACUCCUGUGACGAUGAUUGAGAUGACUCCACUGCAUUUAAGGGUAGGUUAAAGGUGCUUUUCUUACCGCUUUUUAUGCCUCUCUCCCUUAGGAUGAGAAAGGCAUAACAAGCGGGGCACUUAAGCGAGCACCAAAAACCUACCUCUAAUGCAUCACCGCGCUCUUGAUCCUCUAGUCUUGCUGGAGCAAAUAGUGGCCCAAAGUAGCGACUCUGACUUUCCUUUGUCGGCGGAUAUGAUGCAGAGGUUGUUGGAUGGAUUCGAUAAAGUGCAGAGAAAGCAAUGUAAACAGGCUCUGUGUCGGAUACGUGUUGG